AGUCAUUCGGGUCGGCGAGUCCCGGAUCAAUCGGCGGUUUUUUUUCACUGAGAGAAGAAUCUGUUUGGAAAUCAAUUUUUUGAUAGUCUAUUGAGGUAUUCAUUUAUAAAAUUGAUUGCACGUCUUACUUAGACAAAUAUUCAGUAUAGUAUUGCUAUUUUUUGUAAGUUUUUUUAUUACAUUAGUCGUAAAAACUUCGAUUUUUUUUCAUGUUUGUAUUCCGUGAGUACAAACAAAAUGGCGGACUCCGACUGUUUUGAAUCUGUUGAAGAAAGCUCUUCAGUAGGCAGAGGUUAUGAGUCUGACUUCUCCACAAGAGGUAUGUCUGAUAAUUCUAUAGAAAGGGAAAGCAAAGAACGCAAAUUUGCAACCCCUAGUCCAAAUAAAAGUUACUCACACGCAAUCCAAACCCCAGCCACAGUCCGAUAUAGACCAUUACGCAAUGCCCCUCGACCCUCUGUCCCCGACAACCAGCAUAUCAUUAUUAGUGCUAGAGGUGUUCGCCUAGCAGAAGAAAAUCCCAUCAAAAUUCAAAAAAAUAUUUCAAAGGAGUAUGGAAUAGUUAAAAAUAUUAGACCAAUAAGAUCUGGUAACAUUAUUGUACACUGUAUGGAUGGUAUGCAACUAAAACAACUGAUGAAAGCGACUCAGCUAGGAGAAUGGCAAGUCAAGUGCUCUAAACCACAAAGUCUUCUGAGCUCACAAGGAUGCAUAUAUAAUGUACCUCAGGAAUAUUCUGAGGAAGACAUUAAAUAUGCAUUAAAUGAAUAUGGGGUCACAAAAGCCACAAGGCUUACAUAUUAUGACAAACAACAAGCCAAAAGAGUACCCUCUAGAACUAUAAAAUUGUUCUUUAGCAUACCACAAAUGCCAACAUCUGUAUGCAUUGGGUUUCUAAAGUACAGAGUUAAACUUUUUGUACCCAAGCCACUCCAAUGCUAUAAAUGCCAACAGUUUGGCCAUGUUGCUACAAAUUGUAAAAGGGAUAAAGCAUGUGUAAAGUGUAGUUUAAGACAUGAAGGCCAGUGUAAUACUGAUACAGCAGUGUGUGUAAACUGCAAAGGUCCUCAUCAGGCAAACUCCAAAGAUUGUCCUAAAAGAGUAGAAAAACAAAAAGCUCUCAAAAAGAGCAAGGAAUUAAAAAUAUCAGUCGGUGAAGCCACCAAAAUUGUAAAAGGUGAAGACACUAAGACCUUUGUUGCUGAGAAAGAAUUAAAUAUGCAACAUAUCAGUAAAACAAAAACCCACAAAAAACCUAUAUUGGGAGAAGUAAAUACUACUGUUUCCCAAAUGGUUUCAAUAAUGACUAUUGCAAUAACUCAUAUCAUUAAUGCUCCAAAAGAGAGAAUUACAGUUGAGAAUGUAGCAAAGUACAUCAGUGAAGUAGCCAAAACUCUAAACUUGUGUAAUGUUGACACAGAUCAAAUGAAUCAUUAUAUUGAGAAAAGCCAGUUUAUCAGUAUAUAA